AAUCGAUAUCGCGUUCGAUUGGUAAUUGAUGGUAGCAGCUCGCGAAUCGACAGAUGUGGGAGGAUCGCGACGCAACCGUCCAGUUUGGCCAGUGAAUGCCUCUCGUCCGAAUGUAGGUCGACGGGUUCGCGAUAUCGCUAAGUGACCUCUCCGGUCGGUCCUUAAUUUUUGCUCAAUCUAUAAGAUAUCAUUGAUUUAUUAUUUACACGGUCUGCCUGAUCAAGGACCAAGCGAAUUCCUCGUUAAUUAAAUUCGGCUUCGGUACACUCGAACAGAGGCUGGGUGUCUAUAAGUAUAUUCAAUGUCGAUCAAAUCUUACGUAUAACCACCACGCGAUACUCUUGAACUUGAUGGAGUCUUAUCCUUCGACCUCGACCACGGACGUCAUCUGAUCUAGUUAACACAUUUCACACGACCGAGAGGUCGACCCGCGAUUGCACCACAAACAUCGUUAUAUUUCUCCUCCUUUUAGUGUGCGAUUGCGUAAAUAAUGGGGGCGCGGAUUCGAGAUCGCGACAAGCUGAUCCCCGUAUACUGUACCCGGCAAAAUAAUUGUGUAUACAUACACCUUGAGAAGAAUCUCGCUUGGCAGUUGACUCUCGGCCAGCAUCCGAAUAACAAGGGUCUUUCCAAAAUCGAUAUUACUUUUAAGUUUAUCAAUUUGUUAUAUUUUUUUUUAUAAAAUUGCGGCGCAGUUUCCUCGAUAAAACGAUAAUUUAGUCUGUCAUCUUCGAAUUGAAAUAAUGAAGGUCUUUGUCUUCCUUUCUGCUAUCACAGCGAGUGCACUAUGUGGCCACUACUACAAAUCCGACGGCACACCUGAUGAUCCUUACCACAAUUUGCACUUGCCGCAUUACCCGGCUCUAUAUCCGACUUAUCACGCGAUCCCCUACAGCGGAUUUUCGUGCAUCGGACUUCGGGAUCAGUUGUGGGCAGAUUUGGCGACUCAGUGUCAGGGCUAUCAUCUUUGUUUGAAUCAGCGUUUGAUUACGAGUCAAUUGUGCACCAAUGGGACGCUCUUCAAUCAACAAUUUCAAGUCUGUGAUCAGUUUUACAACGUCCGAUGUGGCAGCCCGUACGAGGAUCUUUAGUUUCUAUUUCAUUUAUAUCUCUGUAUAGGCAUGUGAAAUCGUCCAAACCUUAUUUAUUAAACUACUUUUAUUGUAACCGAA